UUCCUGGCAUGACCUUUUCCCUUGGCAACCACUUCCUCCGAGCAUCCACGGCCAUCUUUAAUUUUAACUCAUUCAUGAAAAGUUGUUUCGCUCAUGUAAACACGCCGAGCGACACAUUUGCGCACAAAGCUGCAUCGACGGCGCUGUGUGCAUGUAGUUUCCAGCGACAAGCUCCAAACAGAGCAGAGCAGCACCGCAGCAGGCUGUCCGCCGAGAUUAAGUAAACAUCGAAAGCGAUGAGAAAGAAGCAGACUGCCAAACAGAGGAAGACUGAGGAGACUACAGUUGUCCAGGAGUUUGUGGUGGAAAAAAUAAUUCGCCGCAGAAUCUUUAAUGGAAGAGUGGAAUACUUCCUGAAGUGGAAAGGCUUCACUGAUGCAGAAAACACCUGGGAACCUGAGGACAACCUGGACUGUCCUGAACUCAUUGAAGACUUCCUGAGAAACACCCAUUUCUCAGAGGAGAAUGAGGAAGAGUUAAUUCCCAAAGAAGAAAUGACAGAGCAAGAGACGGAAAUUUCCUGUAUGCAGUCUCAGCAGCAGGCUCACACUGUGCAGAGCAACAGUGACAUCCUCGAGCCAAACGAUGAGCAGUCAGACACCCCCACUAACCUCAGCACUUACCUCGAGCCUGAAUGCAUCAUCGGCUCCACAGACAGACAGGGAGAGCUCAUGUUCCUAGUCAAAUGGAAGAACUCAGAUGAUGUGGCCUUGCUGCCGGCCCGUGAAGCCAGCGCCAGGUGUCCCCAGGUGGUCAUCGACUUCUAUGAGCAGAAGCUGACGUGGCACUGUGGAGACGAGGAGCAGUGAAGUGUGUUGUGUACAGAGGCGAACUGAUAAACAGCUGUGCUCUCACCUGAAGCUUAGUUUAACCUCCAUCGAGUGUCCUCCUUCAGCUGACUUUAGAGGCACACUGUGUGAAAUUAUGCGUCCUGCCGCAGGUAGAGUUUCACAUUCUGGCAGGUGCUCAAGAUCCUCAGCAAGGAUGGAUUUAAAGUGCUCUCGUUCCUGUGGUGCUCAACGAGGUCUCUGUGCCUUUGUGGAGACUGCGAUGGAGACUAAAACUAACCUUUGAGUAGAGCAGCUGAUUUGAGGUCAGACUAACCUGUAGCAGCUUUGGUCUUGUGUAAGCAGACACAAUCACUGUGGACAUGUGUUUUGUUUUUAUUGUUAUAUAGUAAUUUAGUAUUUAUAGACCUGUUUAGCUACAAGGAUCUUGGUUGUUUAGUGUGUGCUUUAUAUCUUGUAUAGCAACACUAUGUAGGUGGAGUGAACUAACUGCUGUCCAGUCCGUACCUCCAGUUCAUGUAGCUUUUAGUUAGAGCUGAAGAUUGUAGACCUGUUGUCCGAACAUUUGUUGUUUGAAUUUGUAUUGUGUGAGGUGUUUAUAGCCACAGUUUUACUGUGUCUUACUGUGUCUCUGUAUGACCCUUGUGGUUGAUGUAAAAUAUUUAAAAAUUUUCCCACCAGAAAUUUCCCCAUAUUUCCAAUCAGCUGCUAAGUACCAAAUGUUCUCCUAUGUAUUGAAUCAUAACAACAAUAUUGUUGAGUUUUUAAAAUAUGAUUUGGUGCUUACACAGAUUGAAGCCCUGGCAGAAUUACUCAAAAGGUCAUAAUAUUUCUAAAGUAAAUCUUUUGAGAUUUACACACAUUGGAAAUAACUUUUGUGUACCUGUGAUGGCUAAUAAGAUCUAGCACAAGAUCUAGCUAAUAAAUCUAGCACUUUAGAUAUGAGACUGUCCAAUUAUGCAGGGCAUUGUCUUCCAGUAAUUACACAGGUCCACGUACACAAUACCUGUAUCCCGAUGGCACUGUCCUGACUCAACAUAUCUCCCAUGACUGUUAUGGGACACACAGCUGAACCUUAAACCUCCUAAAACACACCUGCUACUGAUUUACUGUAACUGUUGACCAUGGAUCUGUGAAGUCUCUAUGAAUAAAGGAAACCUUUUGUGAA